UUAGGUUUAAGUCGCCGUGGAGUUAAUGCAGGACCGUCAUUAAGUUUACCGUCUACACUGGAGGAUUCUACGAAUAAUUGGAAAGGAACACCUUCGGGUCCAACUGAUCCCUCGCAGCAAGGUGGAGUCCCAGGAGGAACCGGUGGGCCGGGUGGUCCUGGCGUUGCUGGUAAUGGUGGUCCCGGAGGUCCCGGUGGGCCUGGGGGCCAGGGACCGGGUGUAAAUAGUUUCGGCGGUCCAGGUGGGGCGAAUUUCGGAGGCCCAGUGUUUCCAGCUGCAGGACAAGGCUCUCCAGCAGGUGGAUCUGCCUCUAACAGCUAUCAAAAUCUACCCCCCGGAACUGGCUCAAAUACACCGCAAUAUACAGCAUCACCUGCACCGUCGGGAUCGUCGACUCCCGGGCCAGGUCCACCACAGAAUGUUGGAUCCGGCUUUCCUCCCCCGAAUGCGGGUGGUCCAACAGGGCCGGGUGGUCCAUAUAAUGGACCUGGUGGUGGUGGCCCCGUAGCAGUAGGUCCUUUUAGUUCUCCCUCUGCAAAUGGUCCCCAAUUUGGAAGACCAGGCAGCUCCGGUUCCGGCUUCGGAAGCGGGCCCCAUUUUACAUCACCUAGUGGGCCAGGUAGCUUUGGUGGACCUCAGUUCGGUAUACCUCCAGGUUCUCCUUUUGGUCAUGGGCCCAACGGAUCGAAUAUGGGCGGUCCGAUGGGACAAGGUCAUCUAAUGGGAGGCCCACAACCUGUGGAUCGUAUGGAUCAAAGUCAAUUGAACGUUCCCAGAAGGCAUGCAUAUUUCGGUCAACCGGAUUAUAGAAUCUAUGAACUCAACAAGCGAUUACAGCAGAGAACUGAAGAAAGUGAUAAUUGUUGGUGGGACUCAUUUGCAAAUGAGUUUUUCGAAGAUGACGCUACAUUAACUUUAACCUUUUGUUUGGAAGAUGGACCAAAAAGAUAUACUAUAGGACGCACAUUAAUCCCGCGAUAUUUUCGGAGUAUUUUCGAAGGGGGUGUGACAGAGUUGUACUUUAACUUACGGCAUUCGAAGGAAUCGUUUCACAACACAUCAAUUACACUAGAUUGUGAUCAAUGCACUAUGGAAACGAUUCACGGGAAACCGAUGUACACCAAGGUACUCACUGAAGGAAGGCUGAUUCUGGAAUUCACGUUUGAUGAUCUAAUGCGGAUAAAAUCAUGGCACAUGGCAGUUCGAACCCAUCGAGAACUGAUACCGCGGUCAGUAAUUGCACUCCAUAGCCCUCAACCGGAUCCUGCAAUGCUCGAGCAACUGUCGAAGAAUAUCACCAGACAAGGAAUCACCAAUUCAACAUUAAAUUAUCUGCGCUUGUGUGUGAUACUGGAGCCGAUGCAGGAACUGAUGUCCAGACAUAAAGCAUAUGCGCUGAGUCCACGAGAUUGCUUGAAAACGACAUUGUUCCAAAAGUGGCAACGGAUGGUCGCACCGCCGGGUAAGAAAGGAGAUGCCCAACGACCUGCAAACAAAAGACGGAAACGCAAGGGUUCCAGUUCAGGAGCGGGAGCAGGUAACGCAGGUCCACAAGUUCCCAGCAAAAAACGUUCACCUGGUCCAAAUUUCUCGCUGGCGUCUCAGGUAGAUGUCAUGGUGGUUGGGGAACCAUCUCUAAUGGGCGGUGAGUUUGGUGACGAAGAUGAACGAUUGAUCACUAGGCUUGAAAACACGCAAUACGACGCUGCCAACAAUCUCGAGCACGAUGGUCACAACGCAUUUGGCGGAGGUGGCGGCGGCGGAGGCCACAACGAUGGUGGCCCCAUGAGCGGUGGUCCAACUUCCUGGCAGGUCGACAGGGGAGGUGGCGGUGGCGCUGUAAACAAUUCCGGUACAGGUGGCCAGGAUGGAGGAAAAAAGAGUCCGUCGGUGUCUCAGUGA